GCAGCAGCAGGCAGUGCAACAUCUCUUCUCGACUCCAGCUUUACCUAUUUUUCGGGAAAGUAUUUGUCGACACAAAGUGUUUUUCAAUUACGUCCGCGUACCAUGACCGAACAAUCAGCAUUACUUCUUCGAAAACAACUGGCAGAGCUCAACAAGAAUCCUGUGGAGGGCUUUUCAGCUGGUCUGAUAGAUGAUGAUGACAUAUACAAAUGGGAAGUUGUGAUCAUAGGUCCACAAGAUACCCUUUUUGAAGGAGGGUUUUUCAAAGCAUACCUAACCUUUCCCUAUGAUUAUCCACUACGGCCUCCAAAGAUGAAGUUCAUCACUGAAAUCUGGCACCCAAAUGUUGCAAAGAACGGGGACGUUUGCAUCUCAAUUCUGCACGAGCCAGGAGAAGAUAAGUUUGGUUAUGAAAAGCCUGAGGAGCGCUGGCUCCCGAUCCACACAGUAGAGACAAUCAUGAUUAGUGUUAUCUCCAUGCUGGCAGACCCCAACAGUGAUUCGCCAGCUAAUGUGGAUGCUGCGAAAGAGUGGAGGGAGGAUCCUAACGGUGAAUUCAAGAGGAAGGUGGCUCGCUGUGUAAGAAAAAGUCAAGAGAUGGCAUUUGAUUAGGAGUCAAUUGUAAAUUCCAGGUUAAAGGAAAUGCCUUCAGAGGGAAAAUUUCACUAAAAGGCUUUUGCACCCCUUGUUUUGCCAGUCAGAGGAACUGGUUGGCUUCAGCCACGUUUCUUUGAACGGUUGUCAUUUUCCGCAAGAUGAGCCAAUUUGAGAACCCUACCAGCGAAAUUAACCUGUUUCCUACCUGGAAUUGUAUAUUUAAUUUUAUUUAUUUUGAAAAAUUAAUGAUGUAAGAUAUGUCACUACUGUAAAUUAACUUGCUUUUUUAUCUGCUGCUGAACAGUUUCUACUUUAUACCAGGUUUCUUAUGCAAUUUAGUGGUCAAGAUUGUGUAAAACAAAAGAAAGCCCGUUAUCAUUAGGUCAUCACUCGUCCUCCCUGCUGCACACUUACCACCAGAUUAAUGUCGGCCCAGCAAACCUCUGUCAAUAGAUGCGAUUAUUUUCAACACUGUCAUUAAAUCACUGUUGCCUUUCGUUGGCUUCACUUCCUCACAGUUUGCUUGUUGUUUAGAGGGACAGGUUGAGAACUUUUAAAGAACUUUCUUAGUCUAUUUUUCUGAGAAACAGCCUCCUGUUAGCGUUUUCUUCUUAUGCUAGUGUAUGUCUGAGAGGUAUAAAACCAUGACUCUCAAACCUGCAUGAUCCACUCAAACAGCUCUGUUAUCUGUCAUUGCCAGCCGUGGAUGUUUAAAUGGAAUGGCUUACUCAGUGAUUUUAGAGUUACUGUUUUCUAACAUAAUGACUUGCACAAGCGUAGCUAAUGCUAAGAGAAGGUUCGUGCCAACUUCUCAGGAUCAAACUUUAUUAGGGUCUCGAUCAGCAAUCAGUAAGAUAAACCUCAAAUAUUCCUGACCCUUUCCUUUAACAUGUGGUCCUCAUCGUCAGUGAAGAUGUCUAUUGAUUAUCACUUAAGUCUAAUGUCUUUUCACAACGUUAUUAUAAAUCAUGGACAACCAAAAAAAAAAAGUCUGUGAAAACAACCUAAGCUGUGAUUAUUCCACGUGUACUGGUUAACUGGCAUCUGAGCUUACCUCAAUUUAAAAGGAGAACAAAUUUGACGAGGUUUAUGGUUGUCUGAGUUGUUAAUCUAUUAACAUGGGCAUAUUUUAGGGGCUCCAUCGUAGAAUUAGGCUAGCUGUUCUUACCUUCUUUGUUGUGGCACCUUUGGCUUUUGAUCAAUGUGUGGGUAAAUGAUGAUUUUUGUAAGUCACAUUCACUCGUGGGUUUAGACUGAGGACUCUGGGUAGAUUGUUGAGUAACAUCUUGAGUUCUGAUUGGUGCAUUCUUAGAUAAUAUUUAUCACCUUUACUAUCACUGAAUUUGGGCUAUAACUCUUGAUAGAGACUUGAAUAAGAUAACUCACCACUUAGUAAAGUAUAAAUAAGUGUUGUGAUGGGGAUUGAACACAAUAGGUUUUAUUUUUAAAGAAUUUACACAAUCGUGUUGGGUGGAGUCUGGAAACCAUUGGCUUUUGUUCACUUUCAUUGAUGGUGUUGCUGACUAUUAAGCCAUGAAGACAUCUAUUUUGAAUUAUGUUAUACAUGAUUGAUCUGUGACUGACAUUGAGGAAAAAAAGCUAACCAUCUUUUGGCGCAUGCAAUCAGGUUUGAAGGAGUUGGGUAUGUUUAAAUAGGAUACCAUUGUUAGUACAUUCUGGGUGAAUGUGAUGUGUACAGUUAGUAGAUUUCUGUAGACUUGAUGAUCACAUAACUGCUGUUGACAUUACCUUUUUAAGUCAGAAUUUUCUAACCUACCAUGACCUCCUCUGACCGGUGUUCACUGUAUUUGCACAGAUUCGGUGCGUUUGAAAUGUCAUUAAGCAAUACGCUCUGAAAAUGGUGUGUCCAGGUAAUCCACCCUAACGCCAUUAUUUGUUUUGGGAUUUUUUUUUUUUUCAUUUUGUGUCAAUGCAAUGUAUAUUGGACAUGAUGCUCAAUAAAGUGUGUAAACAGA